AUGUCACCUGGUGACGCACAACCGGGCCAGCCAAGCUCAUCAUCUACUCCGCCGCGUCCCAAUGUACCAGCUCAUGAUGCUACUAGCUCAAUGAAAACCACCCCAAACAGCCGCGGUGCUGCUACUGUCAGUGAACACAUUGGCCUGGUCGGUGUCGAGAUCGAAAAAAUCCGCCCAUGGGUUCAGCAUGACAUCGAGCGAGCUGAGCCGUGCCGUGUAGAUGCGAUGCUGCAAGUCCUCCUGCAGCGCGUUUCUCUCGAUGCCGAGACUGAACAGCCCGACCUCCUGGGAAGGUGUCUCAAGGCCGUUCUACCGGUAUGCAAUGGGGCCGCUGGUAAAAAACCCGAUGGUUAUCUACAUUCUUCCGGCAUCAAGGACGCCCUCGACACAUAUGUGUUGAAAGGAGUCGAAGAAGACUUCUACGAGCCUUUCGUCAAAGCCACCAACAUCGCGCUGGCUUUUCUUGAGGAUGUCAAGGUCGACGGAAUGCGUGGUGCUUCGCGCGAGCCACAAAUUAUCUUUCAGAAGAAUGAUAAGAAUAUGACCCAGUCCCACCAGAACACGACAGCGAGACGAAAGCCCGAUGUAGUCAUCCUUCCUUUGCAAAGCUCACUCAAUGCCUUCCCAGCUGACCAUAAGUUAAUGGGGGACGGGGAGCAUAGUGUCGAGAAUGCACCGAGAAAGCCGGCAGAGCAACUCCUUUGGAAAGAUGCGCUAGCUGUGGUCGAGUUCAAGAGAAAGAAAAAAAUACUUCCUGAGCCCCGCUCUGCGUAUAAAGUGAAGGAAUAUAUCGCUACAAAGCCAGAAUAUCUGCGAGUGGAGACUGGUGCAACUGACGGUCCUGCAGUGUCAAGCGCUUCGCAAACCCAAGCAAAACGACCUGUGGCCGCUGCCCCACCUACGCGCCGGUCAGGACGUCUUGCUGCGAAUUCCCAGCCUACGACCAGCAACUCCAGCUCCAAGCGCAAGGCAGAGGAACCUUUGCAGUCCUCUGGCAAGCGAGCCAAGGUUGGCGAGACGGACUCCAAGCUAGAUGUGACUGUCCAGACAGGACUAUACGCUGCCGAAAUGUUUGCAGCAAACGUUGCAGUCAAACAUAUCCUCAAUCUUAUUGUCGUCGGGAAUUAUUCAAUGCUCGGGCAUCAACUUCAACUGACGAUCUCCCACGAUUCAUGGUGCUGUUAUAUGCGUUGCAACGAUUCGACCUCGGCGACUUGGGGUCGAAACACGAAGUUCAGAGAAGUCGACGAAGGAAAUUCUCACGCGUUCAAAUUUGGAGACGUGGAUCUUCUGCUUCACACCAGCGACGAAGCAAGAGUCAAUCACUACGGACUGAAAGGACGCGCCACAAACGUGAUCCCUGUCACUAGUGAAUAUCUCGCUAAUGAAUACCCUGAGGUCCAGAAAGACGGGAUGGUGGCCAAGAUCUUCUGGGGAGAGGAGCAACGGACUAGCGAGCCGGACAUCUUAAAAGUGGUUGAAGAGAUCGCCAAGAAGGAAAAGACCGUGGAAGGGCAUGUUCCUCACUUACUUUGGCACCACGAAUUCAAGAAUCCCACAUCCGCAGUCCGGAAGGCCCUCGGCAUUGCAGAACCGACCAAGGGCAGUCGCGUACUCUACAUCCUCGUAUUCCGCAGGUUCCUGCCCAUCACAGACCUCGAAGGCGAAGAAUUUUUCAACGUGUGGCGUCAAUGCAUCUUAUGCCAUCUUGCUCUCUGGAAGGGAGGAGUCCAUCACCGGGACGUCAGCCCUCCCAACAUGAUGUUUUACAAGACCGACGAAGGUGUCCUUAUGGGCGUCUUAAAUGACUUUGAUCUAGCAUCGUUGGCGACUACAAAGGGUCGUCUGGGCAACGAGCGCACGGGCACAGUGCCGUUCAUGGCGCUCGAACUUCUCACCCCAGCGGGUCAACGAGGCGAAGUUGAACACCUAGUAUCGUCAUGA